GGGAAGGCGACGGGGAAGGAGACGAGGAGGGUGCUGGGGGAUCCCCGGGCGAGGCGGGAGGCGACCGUGACGGCGGCUGGGCGGCUGGCGAUGAAGCCGCGGGGCCAAGCGGCGCUGGAGGCUCCCAACAAGGGGCGGCCGCGGGCUCGGGUCGCUCCUCCAGAAACAGCGUUGCCAGAAACAGCGUUGCCAGGAGCAGUGUUGCCAGGAGCAGUGUUGCCCUAGCAGGACAUGGCGGCGGCAUGCGGGAUGGCGGCGGCGACGGGGUGGAAGACGGCAGCGGUGACGGCCUCGGCGGCGCAGACGGCGCAGACGACGGCGGCGGCGGCGCAGAGGGGCUGGUGGAGGGCAGGGAGAUGUGGAUCACGGCGGGGGCCAGUCCCCAAAGGCUCCUGGCGCAGCGUAUGCUGUCGCCGGAGGGCCUCCUGCCGAACGCCAGUGGAGGAGUCAAUGUGACCCAUGGGUCGCCUUGGAACCCAGGCAGGCAGGAGGACGUGGUGGCUGCUGCUGCGGCAGCGGCGGCGAUGGGCGGGUCCGCUGGCGGGUCCCCGGUAUUGCCUUUCUCGUCCUCCGGGGCGGCGGGUGUCUUCAGUGUCGGACAGGCCGACGGUUCGGCGGAGCUGGGGGCGGCGGCGUACCUGAUGCCCUCCUAUACUGCGCGCGGCAGGAUGUCCAUCCGCGCCCGCGACAGCUACGCCCUCGCUGCAGCCACCGCUCGCGCCAAGCGCGGCUCCCCCACAGCAGGCCCCCCCGGCUUUCCCGCCCUCACCGCCGGCUCGCACGCGCUCCUGCCCAUGCAGUCCGACGCGCGCAACAUCGCCUCCCGCCUGCGCGUCUUCGACCCCCUCACUCGCCGCUACGGCGGCACGGACAGCGGCUACACCAGCAGCGGUGCUGCUGGCCCCUGGGUCGGCAGCGCUGGGUUGCCUCCGUCUUCGUCACCCUCGCAGCCCUGCAGCCCCCGGAGAGCCUACCGCAUGCUGUUCAUGCGGGAGCGGAAGUACCUGGACGAGGCGUUAUGGCGGGAGCCGCCCGUACGUCGCGCCCGGUCGUACGAAUCGCUACAGCGACAUGAUGGCAUGAUGGCGGGGCAGUCGGGCAUGGCAGCUGGGAGCAGCGGCGGCGGCAGAGGCGGCGGCGGCCUCACGACGCCGUACACCGCGCCUGCAUGGAGCCAAAUCGUUGGUGGCGAGGGCGACAGAGCUGGCGGAAGAGGAGGAGGAGGGGCUGGGGAUGGCGGGGAGGAUGUGGCGCUGGCGUUGCGCUCGCCGCGGUUCAACAGCCCGUGCAUCACAGGCACGGGAGAUGGGGCGGCGCCGAGUAGCGUUGCCACCACGACACCACCUCCAACGGCAGGGGCUGCGGCGGGGGGGGCGGGACCUAGCGUGGCGUUUUCCCUAGAUCCCGGGGAAACCGCGGCAGGAGCGGCAGCAGCAGCAGGGGCGCGCGGCAGGCGGGGCCACUCCACCAGCGGGCUGCCAGCCGCCGCCAAGCCCCAGUACGGCAGUCCAAAUCGCCGCGAUGGGGCAUUUGAUGGGGCGUUCGGGCACUUUAGCAGCACAUGCGAUGGCAACAUCGGCACCACCAGCCACCCUGCGGGUUCCGCAUCACCCCUGAUACUUCGCAGCCGGUCGGGUCGCCGCCGCGCCUCCAUCUACGUGGUUGAGCUGCCAGAGGACGCAGCGGCGCCGGUGCAAGCGCUGUGCUGCUUGAGCCGAACCACCUCUCCCGUGCUGGGCAUUGAUGGGCGGCUGCAUGUCACGCAAAUGCACUGGCGGGGCCAGCCGGAGGCGUGCAUGGUGGUCACGCCGGCGCCCAUUGGCGUGGCGGCGGCGCCCGCCUCGUCGCCAUCUCCCACUCGGCCGCAGCGGCAGUCUCGGUCGCCGGGCGCGAGUGCGAGGCCCUCGGUCGCGGGGGUGCUAGGCGUGGGAGAGGCUGACGACAUCAACGGUUACGGUGGGGGUGGGGGAGGUGUCGGCGGCGGCGGCGGCGGCGGUAACGCUCCGCAUGGGGUGGAUGUGUCCGGCUCCUGGGACCCGGCGCAACUGACAGCGGCGGCGGCGGCGGCGGCGGGGCAGCUGGCGGCGGAGGCGAGCUACAUGUCGGUGCGGAGUGCGGGUAACGGCGGCUACUGCUUGCCGCAGAUUGAGAGGAGUGCCCCCGCGCUGCUGCAAGGCGCCGCCACCUCCGCCUCCGCCGGCGCCCCCGCCCUGCCGUGGCGCUACCGAGUGGAUGCGCUGCGGGAGGUGUUCAGCCAGGCGCAGCUGGAGCCGGCGCAGCUGCUGCGGCGGGCCCUGACGCCGCCGCGAGGGGUGCGGGGGCGGCCGCUGGCGACACCCGCCGCGGUUGCGGGGCGGUCUCGGGAGGCGUCGCAGUCACAGCAGGAGGGCACGGAGCUGUAUCCCCGCACCAGCCUGGCGCAGCACCUUGCCUCGCUGCUAAACAACAACAAUAACAACAGUAACAACAGCAACAGUAACAACAACAGCAACAGCAACCCCAGGACAGUAUCCUCCUCCUCGACUCCGUACAAGUCCCAGCAACAACCGCAAGCCCACACCCACAACCACCGACACCUAAACCCCAACCGCCACCCACGCAGCCGCAGCGGCAGCCCUGCCCCAGCCGCUGACCUCUCCUUCCAGCCUCCGCUCAUACCCCCGACCGCCCCUGCCCCCACCCCCAACACCACUCCCAACACCGGCAGCAUGCAAACACCUCCCGACUCCGCGCCCUUUCCCCAUCCCACGGCCACAACCCCCGGAGGCUCACGACGGCCGCACCCCACAUCCAGCGGCGACGGAUCCCACACACCCCCUGCUGCUGCACCUGUGUCGGCAGCAGCAGCUGUCGUACCUGCAUGUCCAGGUCACCACGCCAGGGCACCGUCACGACACCCCAUGAGAACGCCCGACGGGGCCCCCGCAGCAGCGUCCUCCUCCCCGCUUCGCUCCACGCCGCUGACCUCCUCCACCCCCUCGCGGUCCUCCACGCUGCUCAGCAGCUCCAUUCCCUCGCCGCUGCUGCUGCGGGCGCUUCCGUCCUUUCCGUCGUCGCGUGCGGCGGCUUCCCCGCCUGCACCACAGCAGCAGCAAGGAGGAGGCGUGGCGCUGGCGACAGAGCCGCAGGAGCAGGGCGGUGUGGUGGUGGAGAUAGCACGUCAGCUGGCAUCGCGGCCCGCGUGUUCCGAGGAAGAGGCGCGCAUGCGGGUUUCGGAGCAGCUGCUCCGGAUGCAUGGGGAGACCUCAUCAGCGUCACGGGCAUUAGAAGAGGGGCAAGAAGGGGCGAUGGCCACGGUCAUCGGCGAGUCAGCGGUCGCCUCUGGCAGCAGAAACCCUGCUUUGGACGGGGCGCCAGGGGAGGACACGACUGGGAGAGCAGCCCUGGCCAGCACCUCCGCUCCUCCGGUAAUGGUGGGGGAAGGCUUUGCAACCGGGAUACAUGCUGCGGAGACAACCGCAUCACAAUCCCGGCUGAUGCCGCACCCGGAGGGUUCUCGCGCUUCCCUCGUUGCAGCAAGUGCGAGCGCAGUGACCCCUGGGUCGUUCCAGGCAUCCGUCAGCACGCCCGCGAGCCUGCCUGCGCUCAUUGGAAGCGGCGCAGCCCCAUGGGUCGCUUCACCCGAAGCCGGGCUCUCCGCGGCCUACUCGCGCCUCUGGCCCAUCUCAGCAAGCGGCGAGACGAGCGGCGGCAGCGGGACAACGGUGCUGAGAACCGCUGCUGCGUCAACGGCCGCACUUGGCGGUCUAGGACGUCGUAGCUUUGGAGAAACGUCGUCCACCUCGCCUUCACAUGCGGCCGCUGUUGCCCAUGCGGCCGCAGCACACAGCGCUUGGGCGAGUCCGGGAAGCUCCCCCCCGACGAAAGGCGGUUUGGGGAGCGGCGAGCAGAACGGCGUUGUCAACGUACCGCGUGAUCGUUUUAUGUCGUACCCUGCGCCCUCUCCAUACAACGGCAACAAUGGCGGCGGGGGCAGACGCAUGCAGCCUCCUCCUCCUCCUCAGCAGCAGCAGCAACAGCUGCAGCUGCAACACCACUCCCAAUCCCAAGAGCAGUUCCCGCCGCAGCCCCCUAGCUACGCCGCUGCUCCACAGCACCACAUCUCGCACAGCACCGCGCAGCAGCAGCCCUCACAACCUCAGCCGCAGUCACAGUCGCAGGUGUUGCCUAGAAAGGAAAGCUCCUACAGCUGUGAUGCCCAGGCAGCUGCGGCAUCUGGUGGUGGUGGAGGUGCAGCUGCGGGGGAUGCAGGCGACAAGGGGCCGUCGGUGCAGCCCUCACGCCACGGGGCGCAUGCAGGCAGGGGGGCAGCAGCGGCAGGGGCCGCCGUUGGGGCUGCCGGCGCUGGCUCUGGCGCUGGCUCUGGUGCCGGGGCUGGGGCUGCUGGCGCGGUGGGUGCUAGGACGAAAGCAGCAUCCGGUGGGCCUGCUCUUACCAGGAGCUUGUCGUACGGUUACGGUCUAACAAGGCGACCGAACAAGGAAUAUGAGCCGCCCGACACAGACUCGCUCGCUGAGGCUCUCCUGGCCCAGAGCACCUCCGGCCAGCUCCCCCUCUCUCCAUGCGGCCGCAUGGCUCCGGCAACCGACAUGGGCGGUGUAAGCGGCGCUGACAAGGAGGGCGAGGAUGCUCGCUCCUCCGCCUCUGCACCGGCGUCCCCCUCCGCCUGCAGCCCUGCUGCGGCUCCCAACUACACCUUCUGGGCUUCUGCACAGGCAACCGCACCUGCGCCCCGAAACCCUAGGACCCCCGCUGCUGCCGCCGCCCAAUGCACCAGCCCGCAACCGCACCAACACCAUAACCACCACCCGCAGCACCAGCACCAGCACCAGCAGCACAUGGCUGCUGGCAGCAGCGGUCUACAGCGGCUUGCAUCGCGCGGCGGACGGCACCCCCAUCCACAGCACCCGCAGCACCCACAACAGCGGCAGGAGCAGCCGAGCCAGCAGCCGGCUAGCGGGGUGCAGGACCCCAAGUCCCAUGCUGCCACGCUGGCCCGCGGCCGUGGCUACGUUGUGUCCCCUCACCACUUCAUGUCGGUGGAACGAGCGGCGCUGUACGGAGAUCUGAUGGGUCAUGCCGGCCCAUGGCAGCAGCACAGGCGCUCCGGACAGGCUUCAGGUGCAGCCUUUGGUGGUGCUACCUCCGCCGAGGCGUCCGUGGAAGCGGUUGCUGCGGAUCUAGCGGUGCCGCUGUCGCUUUCGCCCAAGCGACCGCACGCGUCCCAGUCUUCCCCGCCGCAGAAUCCACAAUCCCAGCAGCAGCUGCCGCAGUUGGCGCCAUCCGCCCUCGCCUACGUAGCCGACGCUGCUGGCGGCGCGACGAUGAAUACCUCCCCGGAUCAAGUCGCCGAGCAGGGCAGGGCAUCAGGCGGUAGGUCGCGUGUACGUCGUGACACCUCAGCUGCCUGGAGCCAGCAACAGCAGCAGCAGCAGCCUCAUUCUCGAAGCGGCAUGCGAGUUAACACGGCAGAAGGAGCGGAGCCCGCAUGGUCCUCUUCGGCUGUGGCUGUAGCGAUGUCUGCAGGAGGGCUGCAAGACGGCACCGCUGGCCAUGACCACGGCGGGGUCGGCCUGCCGCUGCCUGUGGUUACACCCCCGCCCACACUCUCCACGCGGCUAGUCGUACGGCGACCGGCACCCGUGCUACGGCUGCCAGUGGUGGCGGCGUCGCAAGCCGCGCAGCACCAGCAAUUCGGCCCCGGCAGGGUCCACAUGACCACUAGAGGCAUCGCAGGCGGUUACAUGGACGGGGGCAGCAGCGGCGGAGGCGGAGGAGGAGGAGGCGGGGAUAGGUAUAUCGUGACCACUGCCAGCUACGAUGGAGUUAUUCAAGAUCGGGAAAUGUACGGCAGUGCUACAGCCCCGCCGGCGGCGUUUGCUGCUGCUGCGGCGGCUGCCGUACCACGGAGCUACACCCCUGAGCCGUACAUCAUGACCAUGAGCAUCGGCAGCAGCAUCGUACCUUUGUACGACAGUGUGAGAUCUCAACCGCCACCGCAACGAGAUCCGUACUUAUCGUUUCCAUCGCAUUUGCAUCACCACAAGCAGUACAGGGCAUCGGGACUGCCGCCGCCGCUGCCGCCACCGUCGCCGCCGCCUUUGCUUUCGCCCGAGGUCUCCAGGGCUUCGCUCGGGGCGGAGAGUUCCUCGGGUGGGGUUGCGGGCGCGGGGGCUGGCAGGACCGCUGCGGGCAGUAAGGCGGCGCUGCGGGAAUGGCGAAGUUUGGAGCGAUGGUGGCAGGCUAAAGGCUUGGAUGGAGCUGCCGUGCAGUUUCACAAGCAAUCCGUAAAUCAUAAGCGCACAGUGUAUUUGUAGGGUUCACCAUCGUACGCAGGGUGUGGUGUUGUUUGUUAAUGGCUUUUGAAGGCACCGUUAUUCAUUUGUUAUCGUCACAGUAAUGCGCCUAGCGCUUGUAGUGUUAGAUGCUGGCUUUGGUUUUAGACGCUGACGUAACAUCGCGCGUGACAAGGAUGGGAGUGUCUGAUGACCGUACCGUAGUGGGUUGCAAGGGGGACUGCUGAGCAUUACAAUGGUUUACAGCGUGCGUGCGUGCGUGCGGCGGCAUUCAUCGAAUAGUAAUUGGUAAAUCAGGACAUGUAUGCACAUGGGAUGGGCACUUUCCUCUAGCAUCGGCUGGGGUGCACGUGUGGUAUCCAGUGGACCUGAGCAAACCAAGAUGCAUGACACAUGGCACCACAAAGGGGCUGCGCUGUUGACCUUGCAAGCGUCGCAGCGCUAGCGCGGCUUUGGCUGUGCCGUGAAACCGAGAGCAUGGGUGCAUGACCGCACGGUGGUUAUAAUGUCACGCAGAGUAAUAUGCAGCGAUGUAUCAUGGAGCGAUGAGUGGUGAUUGUGCAGAAUGUAGUUAGAACGUCUUAAGAGGGGAGGGUGGCAGGUGAGGCGCAUUGUUCGGUGCUGCUGAGGUGUGUAGCAGGGCCGGCUGACGCGUUUAGUAAAGCCAUACCCGUAAGACGGCUUGUCAAGGCCUGUCCGUGGUUACCGUAUCUACGUGAUAAGCACUUUGGCUGCAGCUUUGCUAUUCAUCUUGCUCUCUCGCCUCAACAGCAGCUGGAGAUUUAGCCUGAACUUGGCGCAUUUGGUUCUCUGCUGUCCAUGCCGUCACUGAACGUUAGCUCGUUCAUCGUAAGCCGCCGCUGGUGGUUAUAUGUGUCUGGUUUCUGGUCUAGGAUGAUGCCUGCAUGUAGCGCGUUGCGUCCCGCUGGCAGUGCCUACGUGGACCAGCUGAGGAGUCAGCUGAAGUAACACGGGGUGAUGUUGUGGUGUUACGGUAGAUGCGGGACGGGAACCACGGUUGAGCCCUGGCUUCGUCACACCGGCUUGCGAACACACUGCAGGGGUAUCUGAUAAUCUGAAGCACACUGCUGUCGUUCGCAGCACGUGUGAGACGAAUCUCCGUCACUUACAUUGUUGCCAGGGUGUGGCUGCGUCGUCCCACCCGGACACCCGGGGUGUGCCCCAGGGGGUGGGAUUGAUGUACUACGGGGCCACUGCUAGGUCGACUGCAAGCUUAGCGCGUCGCAGAAGACUCUCACGCAUAUCCGUCUGCCGCGCUCAGGUCCUCAACCGCCCACCAUAGCCAGCCACCCAGGCGUCCCUGCGUUCCAUACAGGCCCUCCAUGACGCCAGAGGACUCCUCCGCGCAGCUACCCAGACACGCUCCAGACUCCUCCGCGCAGCUACCCAAACACGCAAUACGGGCCGUAACUGAAAAGCCAUGAUGGCAGGCGGCGGGGCAUCGCCAUGCCUAACAUCCCAGCAACCGCUCAAUGCGCUUCAUGCAAAACACAACGGUGCGUGGGCCAUUUAAAUGCAACUUUCGCACAUGUUUUUUCAACCUAUACUCACAUCAGUGGUCGGCAGAUCUUCGCUAAUACGUUAACUUAGAUUCCUAUCUGAGGGCUGUGACUCAUCUCA